AUGGCGCGGGCUCUCGUUGAGAAUAAAGAGAAGGAGGUGGCCGAGCCGGAGGUGAGGAUGGUGAACGGCAAACCAAAGAAAGUUCGCAAGCCCCGGACUAUUUAUUCCAGCUUCCAGCUGGCUGCCUUACAGCGGAGGUUUCAGAAAACGCAGUACCUCGCCCUGCCCGAGAGAGCCGAGCUGGCCGCCUCCUUGGGACUAACCCAGACGCAGGUAAGAGGGAGCCCCGGCCCCUCGCCCCCCCGGCCCGAUCCCCGCCCCGGGCUCCCGGCCCGGUCCCGAUUGCCCGCCCGGCAUUUGCCCGGCCCCGCCGCCGGCUACCUGGACAACUCCACGCCCUGGUGCCCGGGCGCCAGCGCGCUCGGCUCCCACCUGCAGCCCCACGGCGCCCUGCAGCACCCGCUCGCCCUCGCCUCGGGGACGAUUUACUAGGGGCCGCUCGGGGGGGCCUCGCCCUUGCUUUUCCUUUGGGCCUUUGGCCCUCCUCGGACGCCGGGGUUUUGCCGUCGGAAGGGCUGGAAGCAGCGGCCGGGGGGGUUGGAGAGGGAGACCAGACAAAGGGGUCCAUGUGUAACGCUUGUGCAUGUAACUUAUUGCAUUUCAAAGGCAACUCCCCCCUCCCCCUUUUAUACAGACGGACCUAGGGGGGGUUCUCUCCCCCUCCCCCCGCCCCUCUUUUAUUUUAUUUUAUUUUAUUAUUAUUAUUAUUAUUAUUUUUGUUGUUGCUCAGCUGUGGACACUAUCAAUGGUGCCUUGAAAUCUAUGACCUCAACUUUGCCAGAGACUUUUUUCCAACGUUAUUUUAACCCUGUAAAUACGUGUAGAUAGAGGAAUUAAACUGUAUAUUCUGAAGAAAUAAAAUUAUUUCCCC